UUAAGUUUACCAUAUGUACACGUUACAUAGUUAUCAUUUGUCGUUAUUGAUAGUAAACAUUCCAUUUAAUUUAAAGUUGUAUUUUUCGUAGUGUUGUUUAAAAAUCAAUAAGAAUGUAAUAAUAGUGAAUUAUAAUAUACACAAAUUAUAAUUUUUUUCAAACAUUUAUAUAAUGUUAUUACAUCUGAUACGUUUUCUUUGUUAAAGGUUAUGAGUCAUAGCCAGUUUCUUUAUAGAAUUUAUCAUUAACUUGUGCUUCCCAUAAAAUAAUUAUUCUAUCAUUGAAAGAAAUUUUGAAUAUGAUAAAAAUAUUAAUGAAAAGAGAAAAUAUAAGAAAGAAUAUAACAUUAAAAAUAUUGAAAAAAAAAAUAAAAUAUAAAUAUUGAUGUAUUAUAUAGUGAAUUAUAUUUAUAAUUAUUAUAAUAUAAAAAAAAAAUCAUUUAAAAUUUAAAGAAUGUUAUGAAGAUUAUAUUAUUACAUUAUAUUUAUUGAAAUAAAUAUAUAUCAUUUUUAUUAAAUAAAAUUUUAUGUAAGUGAUUAAUAUUAAAAACUUUGAAGAAAACGUGCACAGUAUUAUCUUUCAUUGUAGCAAGUAUUAAUAUACAGCUAAAUGUGCACAGUAUUGUCUUUUUAUAAUAGUAUUAACAUAUAGCUUACAGAUAUCUUCUGUAAGAUUUUAAACAAUAUAAAUAAAAAUUAAUUUGGUGAUAAAAAUUAAAAUUAAAAAUUACAAAGUACAAAAUAAUCAUAUAAUAAAUCUCAAGAUAUUUUUAAUAUCUAUAAUAAGUUAGUCAAUAAUUGGAGAAAGUAUAUUUUAAAAAAUAUGACUGGUCCAUUAAGAGACCAACCAUGGGGUUUACAAAUUAUAGAAUAUAUGAUAUCCAAAUGUUGUCCUCAUCAUCGAGUCAAUCGAAUGACAUGGCAUCAAGGUGGUAUUUUGUUACUCACAUAUUUAGCAUAUACAUGUUACCAUAUGACACGAAAACCUAUGUCUAUUGUAAAAAAUGUGUUGAGUUUUAAUUGCAGUACUUUAUCACCUCCUCCAAAUUUUUUAAUUAAUAGUAGUAAUCGAGAUACAUGGUGUGAUUGGGCUCCAUUUGACACUGCUGAUGCUCCAGCAUUGCUUGGCAUAUUAGAUUCAGCAUUUCUGUUUGCAUAUGCUGCAGCCAUGUUCCUCAGGUGACAUAUUGAAUGGUUUUAUAGCAGAAAGAGUAAAUCUACGAUAUUUUCUUACAUUUGGCAUGCUUGCAUCUGGUAUUUCUUGUUAUCUCUUUGGUAUUGCUAGGCCAUAUAAUAUUCAUAAUUUAUGGUAUUUUGUUCUUAUUCAAGCAAUAGGUGGUGUUUUUCAAACAUCAGGUUGGCCAGGUGUAGUUACAGUUGUAGGAAAUUGGUUUGGAAAAGGAAAAAGAGGAUUAAUUUUUGGAAUAUGGAAUUCUCAUACAUCAUUAGGAAAUAUUUUAGGCAGUUUAAUAGCUGCUGAAUUUGUGGAAUCUGAUUGGGGUUUAAGUUUUAUGGUACCUGGAAUAACAAUGGGUCUUGCAGGAUUUAUAAUAUUUUUAUUUCUUGCACCAAAUCCUAUAGAUAUAGGAUGUAUACCACCUGUUCCAACUAAAUAUAGAAAAUUUGAUACUGUUCAUAGUUCAGAUGAGGAUAGUGGUGCAGAGGAUUAUGAUCAAUCAUAUAGUCGUCUCACUUAUCGCUGUGCCUACCGCGAACAGGUUGAUAUUGAUAAUAUGGAAGCUGCACGAUCUGAAACUAGUCCAAUAUUACAAAGGCAUAGACAUGUACAAGAAUUUCAUAGAGGAAAUGCAAUUGGAUUUGCAAAAGCAAUGAUGAUACCUGGAGUAAUAGAAUAUUCUCUUUCUUUAUUUUUCGCAAAACUUGUUAGCUAUACAUUCCUGUAUUGGUUACCAUUAUAUAUUGCAGCCUCAACUACAUAUGGCACAACAUUAAGUGCAGAUCUAUCUACUUUUUUUGAUGUUGGUGGUAUUGUGGGUGCAAUAGCAGCUGGUAUUUUAUCUGAUUAUAGUGGUACAAGUGCUCUAACAUGUGCAGUCAUGCUUGGAUUUGCAGUUCCUAUUUUAUUCAUAUAUGACUACAUUGGAAGCACUGGAUGGACAUUCAACAUUAUAUUAUUACUAAUAGCAGGUCUAUUAGUAAAUGGACCAUAUGCCUUAAUAACAACUGCAGUAUCUGCUGAAUUAGGAACUCAUCCUAGUUUAGGAAACAAUUCUAAAGCUUUAGCUACAGUUACUGCAAUUAUUGAUGGCACAGGAAGUAUUGGAGCUGCGGUAGGUCCAUUACUAGCAGGAGUAGUAGCACGUUGGACUGGUUGGCAUAAUGUAUUUUAUAUGCUUAUGGUUGCAGACAUGUUGGCAUUAUUGCUUUUGUCAAGAUUAGUUUAUCGAGAUGUACAAAUAUAUAGACGACGACGAAGAACUAUUUAAUUUUAUUCUUAUUAAAUAAAAAACAAUGAGUAUAUAUGUACAAAUAAAUAAGUUCUUAAAUAUUUAUUUGUAACUUAAAUCAUUUUAUAAAUGAUGUAAAUUGUAUAAAAUGUUACAUUUUAUGUUCAAUUAUAUUUAAUUAAAAUUUGAAUGUUUUAUCAAAUUUUAAUCUUAUUUAAAAUCAGUAUAUCUAAAUAAAUAAUAUAUUUUUUACAUCU